AAUAGUAAUAGUAUUGAUUUAAAUUUGGGGCGAAAACUCAUUUGUCGAAAUAUUUUUUUUCUAGGCUGGUAUGACUGUCAGUUUUUACGAUCAGUGAAAUUAUUCAACAAAAACGUUUCAUUAUAUUUUGUGUGCGAAAUCAAAUUCCUGAUGCCGGAACGCUGAUUAUGUUGAAAAAGGCCUUCGGUGAUAAUUGUUUGUCGCGAGCGUGUUUUUGAUUGGUACAAGCUAUUCAAAGAGGGUCGAGAACGCGUUGUCGAUGAACCACGUCCAGGACGGCCGUCGCAGUUAACUGAUGAUCAACAUGCAAUAGUGCUUGAGAAUCGGCGAUUAGUAGUCAGACAAAACCAUUUUCAAAGGUCAUUAGGACUGAAGAAAAGUGAAAGCACAAUUGGUUCUAAAAUCACUAAAUUUUUUCGAAAAACAACGUCGUGUUAACAGGGGGCUCAACAGUUCCCGGCUUGACACAAAUAUUGCGUUUUGAAGGGAAAAAUACAGUUCAAGCAAAAACUUGGCUUGAUGAUGUUUUUCCGACACUGUCCUAGCAGCCAACAAGGAUCGGUAUGCUAAGUUUAGACGUAGGGAAGUGAGCAGCGAAGACGGUGAACGCAGUAGACUCCCAAAAUAGGUUGUCACCGACGAAAACAUCAAAAAAGUUCACAAAAUAAUUUUGGAUGACUAUAGAAUGAAGUUUUUCGAGAUAGCAGACACUUUAAAGAUAUCAACUGAGAGGGAGCUCUGUACAAAAUAGAUGCAUCGCGAGUUCAUUUUUCACCAAAAACAACGAAAAAUUGAUGAUUCGGAGCAGUGUUUGGAGAUGUUUUGGCAUAAUAAACCCGACUUCUUGCGUCGAUAUGUAACAAUGAGUGUGACAUGACGUCAUAAUUCACACCGGAGUUCAAUUGACAGUCAUUCGAGUGGACUGCACACAAUAAACCCGCUCCAAAGCGUGGAAAAAUACAACAGUCGGCUGGCAAGGUUAAGCUCCGAUUUUUCACUCCGAAGUCCAAUCGACAGUCAUCCGAGUGACCUGCACACUAUGAACCCGCUAGAAAAAAAAACAACUGUUAAAAAAGCAACAGUUGUUUUGCACGGUUGUGGCGGUUGUAUUUUGGAGUGCGCAUGGAAUAAUUUUUAUUGACUACCUUGAAAAAGGAGGACCAUCAACAGCGACUAUUACAUAGCGUUAAUGGGCCGUUUGAAGAACGAAAUCGCCGAAAACUGGCCGCAUUUGAAGAAGAGAAAAGUGCUUUUUCAUUAAUACACUGCAUGAAUUGAACUUCAACUUGCUUCCGCAUCCACCGUAUUCUCCAGAUCUGACCCCCAAAUGUACUAUUUCUGAAGACUGAAACGUGUUAAAAUAAUUCCUGUUCUCAGACCUUAAAAAAAAGUUCACUGAAAAGAAAUUUUCGUUGAAUAAAGAGGUGACCGCCGAAACUGAGGCCUAAUUUGAAGCAAAGGACAAAUCAUACUACAAAAAUGAUAUCGAAAAGUUGAAGGGUUACUAUAAUCAGUGUAUUACAUUUAAAAGGAACUAGGCUGAAUAAAAAAUAACGAAUUUUGUCAAAAAAUGUGUAUUGCUGUGAUAAGCCAGGGACUGUUCAAUUGACUUGUUAUUAAUAGUUAUUUCUAUCAAGACAUCAUAUAUCUUUUACAUAGGCAAAGCAGAAUGAAUAAAGUAUACAUUAAGGAAGCACAGAGUAGUUACCCAUGAAAAAUUUCAAUAGCAAAGAAGAGAGAAAUCUACUAUAGUUGUACAGUAUAUAGUUACUGUAGUUGAAUAUAUAUGACCACAUAACUACAGUAGAGAGAGAAACGUGCUAGAGACUGGAAUAAGAUUUAAUUAUACAAUACUUCCUCAAUUGAAAACUGUAAACUGGUACAAUACUGGUGCUUACACCUUAGUUUAAAAUUUGGCGAACACUUCUCCACUUAUUGAUUUAGUCAGACAACUUACAUAUAAAUAUAUUUAGGCACAGCUGAUGAAAAUAGCAAAGAGUUUUCGGGUAAGAAAUAGCCUCACUGAUUGAAAAUUGCUUUCUUUUAAGGGUCACCAUUCAAAAGCCGUUCAUAAUUUCUAACUUUUCUACGUCCAAAGUUUGAACCAACGGCCACAAGGGAGUAACGCACUGACCUACAUAGAUAAAAUAACUGCUAUUGUGGUGCUGUGAGUACCUAAAUUAAAUUCAACUUGUAUUAUUAUUAUUCGUAAACUUGUGUAAGUAAUAAUUAGGCCUUUGCUUUCCUGUUAACUUUCUCACCACAAUAAUUAUAUGUCCCGAAACCGAAGUGUAUUUAAUAAUUGCGCAAUAAAUACAUUCUUCUGUGUUGAUAAUUGUGUAAUUUUUACACUUUUAAACUUGGAAAACAACAAAGAAAGUUUGAAAGUUAAGAACUCAUAAAUUGUUUUUGACAAUUAAGAGCCUCUACAGAACGUUAAUAAGAGUAGGUGAACUGUGAGACAAGUAAAUUGAAGAAAUAUAUGUACAUACAAGUGUAUAGAAUAUAUGAACCCGAAACUACUUCAACAUUUUUUUGAUAAAUUUCAGGAUAAUUUACAGAAACCCAAAGGAUCUUUUUGUGAACUGUAACUCCGCUAGAUGGCGCUGGAGUUUGAUUAUGAAGAAAAAAUGAAUAAUACGAUUUCGAAAUAAACAGUAGGGAUGAGGAAAGGUACAUGAAAAAUCUUUCACUACUGGUGUCACAGCCGAUUUAUUACAACAAUCUGGUUAAUAAUACGAUCCGGGGAAUAUUAUAAAGACGCUAGGUGGCGCUAGUGUCGUAAAAAAAGUAAUAAAUAAGACUGUUUUGAAAACUGACGAAUAAAUUUAUGAAAAAAAAUGAUAAACAAGCAGAAAAGUAAGGGGUUUCUGAUUGUAAACUUACAUCAAAGCUUCAACUUUUUGUAGCUCAUGUAACGAUUCGUAAAUGCCGAAAUAUUUCGAAUCAGAACUUACGCAAUUGGUAUAAGGAAAUUUGUCGUGAAAAACUCAUAUAAAUACUUGCUCAACACAAAGGUCAACUUUAUUUCCGGUUGAAACCUUGAUCCUUAAGCUCAAAGUUUGUAAACUCCACGUAAGCAGAAUGCCUGAGGCACGCACUUUCAGCGAAUUCAUACGCAUACCCAUCAGAUUUUACCAGACAAUCGGUGAGGAUCUCUAUGAGCAUCGCUCACCACAUCGCAUACGACGACUGUUGCUCAAGUCGCUGCUCUAUCUUGGUUUCCUCAAUUUCAACAUACUCGUUGUCGGUGAGAUUAUUUACUUCGUAAAAGCUUUAAACUCAUUCGCCACCGUUUUGGAGGCAACCGGUGUGGCGCCUUGUAUUGGUUUCUCGUUUGUAGCGGAUUUUAAACAGAUCGCCUUGACAGUGCACCGUCGAACCUUGCGUGAGCAUUUGGAUCAGAUGGAAGAGUCAUUUCCGAAAACCGCUAUGCAGCAAGUUGAAUACAAAUUGCCACAGCGCGAACGUGUUAUGCGACGUGUGAUGGGCAUUUUCGCAUUGCUCUGCUUGGCGUACACAUCCACGUUCAGUCUUUAUCCGGCGCUUAAGGCUGCCGUGCAAUACUGGCUCUUGGGUGCGCCCGUGUUUGAGCGUAAUUUCGGCUUUGCCAUAUGGUAUCCAUAUAACGCCACCGAAAAGACUUGGGUCUACUGGCUCACGUAUAUGGGUCAAGUGCAUGGCGCAUAUUUGGCUGGUGUGGCCUUUCUCUCGGCCGAUCUGGUAUUGGUGGCCUCGGUGACACAGCUUUGUAUGCACUUCGAUUACAUUUCACGUUGCCUGGAAGAAUUUGCUGGCCGCUCGGAGAAGAGCAGUGCGCAAGAGGAUUUACAAUCUUUGCAAGCGUUAGUGGUGAAACAUGCCAAGUGCUUGGAGUUGAGCGAACAUGUCAACAGCAUUUUCAGUUUCUCUUUACUACUGAAUUUCCUAACCGCUUCGCUGACCAUCUGUUUUAUUGGAUUUCAAGUGACUGCUUCGUCUACAGAAGAUAUUGUAAAAUAUAUUAUUUUUCUUACAACCAUGCUGGUGCAAGUGUUUGUAAUCUGCUAUUAUGGUGAUGAACUGAUGACGGCUAGCCAACGCAUUGGCGAUGCGGCCUAUAACCAGAACUGGUUCGAUUGCGACAAACAUUAUAAACAGCUUUUAGCUAUAAUCAUAAUGCGUAGUCAAAAGCCUGCUUCGAUUCGUGCACCCACAUUUCCACCAAUCUCAUUUCGAACUUAUAUGAAGGUUAUCAGCAUGUCUUAUCAAUUUUUCGCGCUUUUGCGUACAACCUACAGCGGCAAAGGAAACUAGAUGCUCACUAAAGCUGUGCUAUAUAAUUCAAAAAACAUAAAAAUAUUUAUAAGAAACUCAUGAUUGUUUAAACAUUAUAAAAAUAAUUGAAUUAAACAAAUUGCUAAUAAAAAAGUCGACAUAUGAAU